AUGAUUUCUAACGCUCCUGCUAUUACUGUUAAGAGUUCUUCACACUGCUUUGGAGAGUCUCUAAUCUCUUUGCUUGAAAGGUGCAAGUCCAUGUGCCAGCUAAAGCAACUUCAUUCCCACACCAUCAAAAUGGGUCUCUCUUCAGACCCUUUAUUCCGAAAUAGAGUUGUAGCCUUCUGUUGUGCCCAGGAAUCAGGGGAUAUGCACUAUGCUCGUCAAGUGUUUGACAUAAUUCCAUACCCAAGUGUGUUCAUUUGGAAUACCAUGAUCAAGGGGUAUUCUAGGAUCAAUUGCCCUGAGAAUGGAGUUUCUAUGUAUCUACUAAUGCUGGCUAAAAACAUCAAGCCUGACCGUUUUACAUUUCCAUUCUUGUUGAAGGGAUUUACCAAUGAUAUGGCUUUGCAGUAUGGGAAAGUGUUAUUUAACCAUGCAGUGAAACAUGGAUUGGAUUCGAAUUUAUUUGUUCAAAAGGCUUUCAUACAUAUGUUUUCAUUAUGCGGGCUUGUGGAUUUGGCUCGCAAGGUUUUUGAUAUGGGUGAUGCAUGGGAAGUAAUUACCUGGAAUAUAAUGCUAUCUGGGUAUAACAGAGUUAAGCAAUUUGAGAAGUCAAAGAAGCUUUUUACUGAGAUGGAGAAGAAAAGAGUGUCACCCAAUUCAGUUACUCUAGUUUUGAUGCUUUCAACAUUCUCCAAAUUGAAGGAUUUAGAUGGGGGCAAGCACAUCUAUAGGUAUAUCAAUGGAGGUGUUGUUGAACUUAAUCUUAUAUUGGAAAAUGCCUUGAUUGAUAUGUUUGCAGCUUGUGGAGAAAUGGAUGCUGCACGUCAUGUUUUUGACAAUAUGAAGACUCGAGAUGCAAUUUCUUGGACUUCCAUUGCUACUGGAUUUGUCAAUACAGGUCAAAUUGAUGUAGCUCGGAAGUAUUUUGAUCAAAUGCCUGAAAGAGACUAUGUUUCCUGGACUGCUAUGAUUGAUGGAUACCUUAGAAUGAACCGUUUCAAAGAGGCUUUGGCACUUUUCCGUGAAAUGCAAAUGUCAAAUGUGAAACCUGAUGAGUUCACCAUGGUUAGCAUUCUAACAGCAUGUGCACAUCUGGGAGCUCUUGAACUAGGAGAGUGGGUAAAGACUUACAUUGACAAAAACAGUCUUAAAAAUGAUACUUUCGUUGGGAAUGCUCUAAUAGACAUGUACUUUAAAUGUGGGAAUGUUGAGAAAGCCAAAAAAGUAUUCAAGGAAGUGCAUCACAAAGACAAAUUCACCUGGACAGCAAUGAUAGUUGGUCUUGCCAUCAAUGGCCAUGGGGAAGAAGCUCUUGCCAUGUUUUCAAAAAUGAUAGAAGCUUCAGUUACACCAGAUGAGAUAACCUAUAUUGGUGUCCUGUGUGCAUGCACACAUACAGGCUUGGUGGAGAAAGGAAGAAAGUUUUUCACUAGCAUGACCAUCCAACAUGGAAUUAAGCCUAAUGUGACACAUUAUGGAUGCAUGGUUGAUCUCCUUGGUCGAGCCGGGCGUUUAAAAGAAGCCCUUGAAGUCAUUGUGAAUAUGCCUGUAAAGCCAAAUUCAAUUGUUUGGGGAUCACUUCUUGGUGCUUGUAGAGUCCACAAAAAUGUGGAACUGGGAGAAAUGGCAGCCAAACAAAUUCUUGAGUUAGAGCCUGAGAAUGGGUCUGUUUAUGUCCUGUUAUGUAAUAUAUAUGCUGCUUGCAAGAGAUGGGAAAACUUGCAUCAAGUGAGGAAAAUGAUGAUGGAGAGGGGAAUUAAGAAAACACCUGGUUGCAGCUUGAUGGAAUUGAAUGGCAAUGUUUAUGAAUUUGUUGCUGGGGACCAGUCACAUCCUCAAGCUAAAGAGAUAUAUGCAAAUUUAGAAAACAUGAUGCCAGACUUGAUAAAAGCAGGCUAUUCCCCGGAUACAACAGAGGUUUUCCUUGAUAUAGGGGAAGAGGAUAAGGAGACGGCACUUUACCGACAUAGUGAAAAGUUGGCUAUUGCCUAUGCCCUUAUUAGUUCAGGGCCUGGAGUUACCAUAAGAAUUGUGAAGAACCUUAGAAUGUGUGUGGACUGUCACCAUAUGGCAAAGCUGGUGUCUGAGGUUUACAAUAGAGAACUAAUAAUUAGGGAUAAAACCAGAUUCCAUCAUUUCAGACAUGGUUCAUGUUCAUGCAAUAAUUUCUGGUAA